AUGCCGCCGCGUCUCAACAACCGCUAAUUAAUACAGAAAUUACCAGGAGUCACUGAAGGCACCACACCGUGUCCGGCAAAGUUAGCUAGCAUUAGCAAUGCCGUUAGCCGCCGAUAGGACGUCUCAGCAUCAGCAUCAGCAUCACCGACUCUCAACGACAGAACACGCGUCGAUAUAUUUUCCAGUCUAAGGCAACAGGAAACCAUCUGUUUGACAGCAGUUAAUUUUUUGGGGGCAGAAAUGAGUCGCUGCUCUUUGGACAACAACAACUUUCCGUACGACAACAAUGUCCUGGUUCUGGACAUGGUGCUGGGUUCCCUCUGGGGACUGUCCCAGCCAAUAAACUGGGACAGUGUGGCCAAGCUUGUUCCAAGCUUCACUCCCAAGGAGUGCGCACUUCGAUUUGAGGAGUUGAAAACUUCUGGAGGUCUUCCUCAUGCGGACGACCAUUGUAAUGCAGGCACAAUAGGAGCGCCCUCAGAUGGCAUGUCCACCAUACUGGACACUGGUCAAGCAGCGGGGACAGGAAGUAAUCACAGUGCCUGUAAAGUUACAGGCCGCAAAUCAACACUCUCAGGAAGUGUUUGUGCACUGGAGAAGAAAGACAAAAGAGUCUUGACUGAGGAUGGUGACAAACCUCAAAAGCUAAGAGACCCCAACAUGGUUAUCCACGUGUGCGAUGAGACCAAGAACCUGAAGCAGGACUUCGCAUGUCCCAGAGAUCUUCUAAUCAAAGAGAUGCGCUACUUUGCAGAGUAUUUGUCUGUGGGCUCGCAGAGAUGGGAAGAAGUGGACAUCUCGGUUCACUGCGAUGUUCAGAUCUUCGACUGGCUCAUGAACUACGUCCGGAGGAACUCAUCCAAGGAUAAACCUCGGCUCGAGCCCAGCAAUGUGAUCUCAAUCCUCAUCUCCUCCGAGUUCUUGAAGAUGGACACGUUAGUGGACGAGUGUGUCCAGUACUGUCACAAACACAUGAGCGCCAUCGUGGCCACACCCUGCAACAUGAACUGCAUCAACAGCAACUUGGUGUCGCGGAUCGCCGAGCUCUUCAACCACAACGAGGCAGACGACGUCAGAGACAAAAAAGAUAAAUUCAAGAGCAAAUUGUUCCAAAAGAAGAUUGAGCUUCUCUUCGACCCAAACUACCAGAACCGAGAUUCUCCAAGAAAUGCCACAACUCUCUACAGGUGCGGUCUGUGCUUGAAGAUGCUGACUGAAGACACACAGAGGAAGAUUUCGUGUGUGGCAGGCAAAAUCAAUAUUGACUCUCAUGGAGAGAUUGUCUAUACACACUCAAGGGAGAAGAACUGGGAUGCCAAUGAAUAUGUUAGCAGUCUACACGAGGAGCUCAAAUCAUGGGCCCUGGUUUACUGGAGAAUCUGGGGAACCAUCAACUGUCUUACCUGUUCCCGUUGCCAACAGGAGUUUGUAUGUGCAGAGCUGACCCAUUGCCGGUACCACCCAGAAAGCGUCAUGUACCCCAGCUCAGGGGUGGGCAAAAGCUGGAAUGGGACGGGAAUCUACCCCUGCUGCAACCAGACGGUACUGCGCUUUGACCCAACUGGUAUGCCCAAGGGUUGUAGAAUGCGAGACCACAUCGUGAAUGUGCCGAACGAGGACGACUGUGAUGAGGCCACCUCGGCUCACACCAGAGUCCUCAAUGACCUCCUGCUGCACAGAGACGCCGUGUGUGUGUCUGACUCGCCACCUGCCGUUCGAGAUGAAGAGUGCCCAACCAAUGUGGAGAAGGACUGUGAUGUCCUCUUAGAACCAACACUGCUCAGACCUCCAAGAGGAGAAUUGAGCACUUUUUCUCUUUUGAAAAACUGGAGUCUGCAACUGAGGCGGCAGUCGCUCCUGUCAGAGGAUGAGGAGUACACCACUGGGUCGGAGGUCACCGAGGAUGAGGUGGGAGAUGAGGAGGAGUUGUCCAAGAUGCAAGCAGCUGCCAAGAAGGCCAAGAGGAACAACAGAGUUCUUAAAAAACAAAUUUCCUCGCCAAACCUCCAGCGAAAGGUCAAACCAGAUAAAUCACAGUCCGGAGACAAAACUCCUUUCAUAGUGAGUGUCCAGAAAAGUAAGUGGGACAGUACUCGUUCCAUGCGGUACAACCAGGAUGCUCAGAGAGAAGAAGACCAGCGUCGCAUGGCCGAGAUCAUCGACUACCUCACCAAGAUGCGCUUUGGAGACCAGGAACAAAACAGAUGCAAGGACACAAAGGAGCCAGUAGGAGGAAUCUACUCCAGACUAGAGGCACAAUUCAAGAGUUCAACUCAAAGCAGACACACCUUCGACAAGACACCAAGACCUAAAAUACGCUAUGCUCAGAUCCGGCCAAAUGUAGAGAAGUGACGGCUGAGGCUGUAUAUUAAUCUAAUAAUGUGCUCCAGGCAUUUCUACUUGCUCCGUGGCCAUUCAUCAACCCCCCACCCGCCUUUCACCCCGAGCAGCCGUCGAUCGAGCGGUCUCUUCUGCUAAACUGAGGUGACCGUGUAGGGAUCAGCAUGCGCUGCAGUUUGUUUGUGCAGCUGUGUUCAGUCCUUGAAAAACAAGGAGCUCCCUGGACCUGGGUCAGCUUAUGGGAAGCGCCGCUCUGACUGUUUGCACUUCUCAAGUGUUUCUGGAGGAUUUAUUUUGGGGCCACAGGCAAGUGGGAGCAGGGGAGGGGCUUCAAAAAGGACAACGUGAGAGUGUAUCAUAGUAGCUCACAUAGUGUAUGAUACUAAGAAAACAUGUUUCCGGUCUGACCUGUGCUCCAUGACAGCUACAGAGUAGCGAGCAUGAAGCAAGAAUGUGCACAUGUGUGAUUGGUGAGCUCUGUGACCCCCAUCUUCAUCACCAUCACUUAACUUUGCAGCCUUGCAGUUACCACAAUCCUUGUUUAAUGAACGGGGAGGGGUGAUAAAUAAAUAAAUAAAUGUGUUUUCACUCACUAUCAAGUUGACAAAUCUUGACAAUCGCUAUACUAGACUGCUUUAAACAGAAAUAAAACAUAGCAACAGAA